CGGAUGUUACCGACCGGCUUGAAAAUGGGGCACAAGAAAGUUGUGUUUGUUUUGGGGCCGCCGGGGGUUGGUAAAGGGACACAAUGUCGUAAAAUAGCCAGUUAUUACGGUUUUGUACACAUUUCGGCCGGUGAGUUGCUGAGGCGUGAGCGACAAGUCCGCAAUUCGGUUCACGGCGAACUGAUUGAUUCUUGUAUAAAAGACGGGAAGAUAGUUCCGGCAGAAAUCACUUGCAAGUUGCUGGAACGGCACAUGGAGGAGUCGCUACAAGACCGUUUUCUCAUUGACGGAUUCCCGCGGAAUUUGGAAAAUCGCGAAGGUUGGAGCAGGACAAUUGGGGAUAAAGUUGAAGUUAUGUUCGUUUUGUUUAUUGAUUGUCCUGUGGAGGUUUGUAUUGAGAGGUGCCUCAAUAGAGGGGCUGCGGCUGGAAGUGGGCGUUUUGACGACACGAUUGAAGUUAUUGAAAAACGGGUGGCCACACACCUUAAGGAGACUCAACCAACGGUUGAUUAUUACAGAGAAUUGAAUUUGUUGAGAGUCGUCGAUGGAAACAAGUCAGAGGAUGCGGUUUUUGAGGACAUUAAACAAAUAUUUAACGAUUAUUAAUAAAAAAUUAUUUAAUCAC